GAGGCAGGGCUUCCAGGACCGGCCACAGCCAGAGACAGGGACCGAGGCUGUCAGGAAGGGCCACUGAAGCAGGGGCUUCUGCACCCCCAAGGUCUGAGUGACAGGGACCCUUGCCCCUGGCCCUGCUGAAGACUCAGGAGGGUCAAGCUGAGACUUGGCCUUCAUGCCCAGGGACAGCAGGACAGCUCGGGCCCUGGCUGUGGUCCUUCUGUCUCUGUCCACGCAUCUGGACACAGGCAGGGCUCCUGGUAGCUAGCAUCUGGAGUAGAAGGAGCCAGCACGGCCAUCCACUAGGCUGGAGUGCGUGGGGAUGAGGGGUGCACCAAGUGGACAGACCAGCCCUGGGUGAGGAAACGUACCCAGACAGAGCUGUGACCUGGCCCUGCUCGCAGCUGUUGAGCCUGCCCACCAUGGCGAGCCCCACUCUGAGCCCUGACUCCUCAUCCCAGGAGGCCCUGUCCGCCCCCACCUGCUCCCCCACCUCUGACUCCGAGAACCUCAGCCCUGAUGAGCUGGAGCUGCUGGCCAAGCUUGAAGAGCAGAACCGGCUCCUGGAAGCCGACUCCAAGUCCAUGCGCUCCAUGAACGGCUCCCGGCGGAACAGCGGCUCCUCGCUGGUGUCCAGUUCCUCGGCCUCCUCCAACCUGAGCCACCUGGAGGAGGACACGUGGAUCCUGUGGGGCCGCAUCGCCAACGAGUGGGAGGAGUGGCGGCGCAGGAAAGAGAAGCUGCUGAAGGAGCUGAUCCGCAAGGGCAUCCCACACCACUUCCGGGCCAUCGUGUGGCAGCUCCUGUGCAGUGCCACCGACAUGCCAGUCAAGAACCAGUACUCGGAGCUACUCAAGAUGUCCUCGCCGUGUGAGAAGCUGAUCCGCAGGGACAUUGCCCGCACCUACCCAGAGCACGAGUUCUUCAAGGGCCAGGACAGCCUGGGCCAGGAGGUCCUCUUCAACGUCAUGAAGGCUUACUCCCUGGUGGACAGGGAGGUGGGCUACUGCCAGGGGAGCGCCUUCAUCGUGGGCCUGCUCCUCAUGCAGAUGCCUGAGGAGGAAGCCUUCUGUGUAUUCGUGCGGCUGAUGCAGGAGUACCGCCUGAGGGAGCUCUUCAAGCCCAGCAUGGCGGAGCUGGGGCUCUGCAUCUACCAGUUCGAGUACAUGCUACAGGAGCAGCUCCCGGAUCUGAACACCCACUUCCGCUCCCAGAGCUUCCACACGUCCAUGUACGCCUCGUCCUGGUUUCUCACGCUCUUCCUGACCACUUUCCCGCUACCUGUUGCCACCCGUGUCUUCGACAUCUUCAUGUACGAGGGCCUGGAGAUUGUGUUCCGGGUGGGCCUCGCCCUGCUGCAGGUGAACCAGACAGAGCUGAUGCAGCUGGACAUGGAGGGGAUGUCCCAGUACUUCCAGAGGGUGAUCCCCCACCAGUUUGACAGCUGCCCGGACAAGCUGAUCCUCAAGGCUUACCAGGUCAAGUACAACCCCAAGAAGAUGAAGAGGCUGGAGAAGGAGUAUGCAGCCAUGAAGAGCAAGGAGAUGGAGGAGCAGAUUGAGAUCAAAAGGCUUCGGACGGAGAACCGGCUCCUAAAACAACGGAUUGAGACCCUGGAGAAGGAGAGCGCUGCUCUGGCUGAUAGGUUAAUCCAGGGGCAGGUGACACGGGCGCAGGAGGCCGAGGAGAACUACGUCAUCAAGCGGGAGCUGGCCGUCGUGCGGCAGCAGUGCAGCUCAGCGGCCGAGGACCUGCAGAAGGCCCAGAGCACCAUCCGGCAGCUUCAGGAGCAGCAGGACAACCCGCGCCUCACCGAGGACUUCGUGGCCCACCUGGAGACUGAGCUGGAGCAGUCAAGGCUACGGGAGACCGAGACGCUGGGGGCUCUGCGGGAGAUGCAGGACAAGGUUCUAGACAUGGAGAAGAGGAACAACUCGCUGCCCGACGAGAACAACGUGGCGCGGCUGCAGGAGGAGCUGAAGGCGCUCAAGGUGCGGGAGGGCGAGGCCGUGGCCUCGGCGCGGGAGCUGCAGCUGCAGCUGCAGGAGCUCUCGGACACCUGGCAGGCCCACCUGUCCCGCGGCGGCCGCUGGAAGGAGUCCCCGCGGAAGCUGGUCCUGGGCGAGCUGCAGGACGAGCUGAUGAGCGUGCGUCUGCGCGAGGCCCAGGCUCUGGCCGAGGGUCGCGAGCUGCGGCAGCGCGUGGUGGAACUCGAGACGCAGGACCACAUUCACCGCAACCUGCUGAACCGCGUGGAGGCGGAGCGCGCGGCGCUGCAGGAGAAGCUGCAGUACCUGGCGGCGCAGAACAAGGGGCUGCAGACGCAGCUCAGCGAAAGCCGCCGCAAGCAGGCCGAGGCCGAGUGCAAGGGGGUCUCAGGGGAAAGCCUUGACCAGGGACAGUGGCAUGAAGGAGGCAGAAGUGUGAAGAAGGAGAUGGCCAUCCUCAGCUGCCCUGCACUGGCCCACUGA